GCUCGAGUUACAAUCAAUACUUGAUAGCACACGAGAAAACAGUACACCCAGAAGAUGUCUCCAAAUCCAGAACAUACCUCUCAUGUCAUCCUGCGCUCUUUUACUUACCCAACUCUUCCGCAAGAGCCUUAUACUACUCGUAUGAUCCGCCUUUUGCCAAAUAAGGAUAAGAGUGCUCCAAUACAGUGUGAGUUGUUCAACUAUGAUUUAUCAGAGACAGGAGGUGGAGCGCACCUCUAUCAGGCGCUUUCUUAUGUGUGGGGAAGUGAGGAGAAGCCUGAAUCAAUCAUUUUGAAUGGCUGCACUUUCCAUGUCACCACAAAUCUCCACAGCGCACUUUUACACCUCCGAAACCGCCAACUAGAAAGAACACUUUGGAUCGAUGCAAUAUGUAUCAACCAGGAUGAGGAAGAUCAAGGACAUGAGAAAAGCAAGCAGAUCCCACUUAUGCGGAUGAUUUAUGCUCAGGCCGAACGCGUCAUUGUCUGGCUUGGAGAUGCCACAGAAAAUGGCGAUAAAGCGCUCGACGGAAUUCGUUGCCUUGCGGAAGAACAGUAUACAGCCUCCACUUUGAACACUUCGGAAAACUAUGAUGCGUGCCUGCGGUUGCUACAACAAGAUUGGUUUAGCCGUAUCUGGGUGCUUCAGGAAGUUGGUGUCGCACGAUGUGUUAAUAUAAUGUGUGGCUCUGUUUCCAUCAAUGGACAUAUUUUCUGCGAAGGCCUUACCAGACUAAGGCUUUCUCCGAAUCUCCGGAGCAGGAUUGGCCCUGUCGCCUAUCUCAUAAGAGGUGCGCUUUAUCGCCCAACAUACGAGUUUGGUUCACGCGGGCCCAUCUUUAUAGGGGAGCUCAUUGGCAUGUAUCAUCAUCAUAAUGCGACCAAGCAGCAUGACAAAGUAUAUGCGUUGCUAGGCUUAUGUGCCGACCCGAUCACAGCUGUCCGAGAGCCGAACUAUAACCUCCCAUGGAAGGAGGUAUUCAAGGAGGUUACCAAUUCUCUAUUCCCUGAAUGUUCGGUGGAGACAUGGAACGAGAUAGGAACAGUUGUUAUCAAAGGCAAAGGAUGGAUUUUAGGCCAUGUAGACUCUGUUGAGGAGCAUUUUCCUGAAUUUGGCAAACAAAAAAUUGAAGUUCUCUUCAAUAACACUGCCGAGUCAUUGGGCAUUAUAGAUCGUUGGGAAACUAAUUGGAAGCCCCAGGCUUCCGCAGAGUUAAUUCAGGAUGGUGAUAUCAUCUGUCUUCUGAAAGGGGCUUCAAAGCCAAGUGUUAUACGAUUGUGUAAAGAUCAUUUCACCAUCGUUACACCAGCAGUGACACCUCAGAAAAGACAACAGAAAGAGAGUCCAGUAGCGAUAUCUCAGGAAAGGUAUUCUACGAGUGGUCUCUGUGAUAUUCUCCUCACCUGGAAAACCUCACUCGCUAAAACAAACCGUAAAGAAAAGUCUGAGAUUAUGUUCCCGCUCAUUAAAACACCAGACUUCCGAGAAGAGCCAUUCGAGGCUCGGAAAAGAUUGAAACAUACAACGCUGGUUGUGAUAGAUAUUGCCCUGAGGAUAUUAGAGCGUGGAAUGCCCACAACCAAGGUAAUAGAGCAACUACUCCGUCAAAGUGGAACAAAUGAUCAAAUCAUCAAAGAAUUGGUUAGGGUUGUCAAAAAUGAAGAUGAACCUUCUACAGUGACACUUUCACGAGAUCCCUUGCGGGACCAAGGAAAUAACCUACGAAUCCCAGAAGAAACAAUUAUAGCUGCAAUAAUCGAUGCUGGAUCGUAUGGUUUUAUCAUUGUUGAACUCUUCCUGCAGUACCAAGGAAUGAACCUCCCAGUCUCUGAAGAAGUGGUGAAGGCAGUGGCAGGGAGGCAGCGGCAGGGAAUAAUGGACAUUAUGGACCUAAAAUCCUUGGGAUUCUUAUUCAACAAGGCAAGAGUCUCCCAGUCUCUGAAGAAGUGGUCAGGGCAGCGGCAGGGAAUGAUGGACAUUAUGGACCUCAAAUCCUAA